AUGUAUAACAACAACAGCAACAACAAUAGUCAAUCAACAAUGAAUACAGCACAACAACCACAACAACAACAAGUAUCGUCUGGGUCACCUACCAACAUGAUGGAUCCGAAUGCAAUGGCAACCUACUGGGCAAAUCUACACCAACAACAAAUGCAACAACAGAUGACCAUUCAGCAACAACAACAACAACAAACGCAGCAACAACAACAGAUGAACAUUCCACAACAACAACAACAAACGCAACAACAAAUACAACAACUACAAAUGAAUAAUACACAGCAACAACAAAUGGAUCCGAAUUACUUUUAUCAAUAUUACUAUAUGCAGAAUACACCUUAUUACCAAAAUUUUUAUAAUCAAUCGAAUAAUACAAAUGUCACGUUACCUACGACAACCACGACAACUACAACAACAGGACAACAACAACAACAACAACUACAACAACCAAUGUUUAACAAUAACUUUGAUAAUCAACAACAAAUUAUGCAACAAAUGAAUAGUCUACAUCUGCAGCAGCAGCAACAACAACAACAACAACAACAGCAACCACAACAACCACUAUCACAGCAACAACAACAACAACCACAACAACCAAUAAAAUUUUCAAUGGUACCGAAUAAAACGAAUACGAUCGUUCCUCCACCGGUAUUCAAACCCAAGUCGAAAAAGACCGAUAGCGUAGCAGUAGGUGGCACCAACUCGAGUUCGGCAACCCCAAAUACAGCGGUGGGAGUACAGCAGCUGAUGCUUCAGAAACUGCAAUACCAACAAUACCAACAGGUUUCACAGAGUCAAGCAGCACAGCAGAUACCCCCACAUCAACAACAAACAAUGACAAUGGCACAGAAAAUACAGCAAGCACAACAACAGGGUUAUCCGCAACAACAACAACAACAACAACAACCAUUCCAAUCGAUUACACAGCAACAAGGUUAUCAACAACAGGUAUAUCCACAACAAUAUCAAAUGCCACAACAACAACAACAACAACCACAACAAACUACUACGACUACAACAACAUCGACAUCAUCAACAGGUAAACCAACGAUACCAAAGAAACAAUUUUUAGAGAGUUUAAAUAGAUAUGUAAGUAAAUCACUGGAGAGAUGUCCGAAAGAAGAUUUAGACGAGAUUCAACAAAAGAUAAAACAAACGAUAAACGAUGCUAAGCAAAAACCUGAUUUCUAUUCAAUCGAUUGGGAUUCACAACCUAUCAUUAUUUUAGAUAAAUGGAAUGCAAAAGAAGAUAUCAUUCCACUUUCAUCAAAGAAUAAGCUUAAUAGUAAAUAA